UUCAGUCUAGAUUCAUUUGUCCCGUGGUUCGGAUGUGUGGCUGAGUGGCGUGAGAUAAAAUCGUUCCAUAAUCCUUCAAGAUAGGUUGUGGGAAUCGAAUAAAAGAAGAUUGCAGCAGAAAAUCGCGUGAUACCUUACGUAGUGAAGAAGAGCGUAUUUCUACCCGGCUCAUCAGUGUGACGACGGGUUUGAAAGAGUGCCGAAUUUGUUGUUUGUACGCGAGCAUCGGAGUGCGAUUAUUUUUAGCAUUGCAAAAUUUCGGCAUCGGUCAGCCGUAAAGUAGAAUAAUUCUGCCUGCCGGUUGUGUGGGAAUUUUAUUGUUCGGAAAACUGCGGGACCAAUGGUGAAAGGCUCGCUCUGCAACAUUGAAUGCAUCGAGUGUAAUAAUUGCAAUCGUUCAGAAGAACGGAAAAUUGCAAGACGGUUGACUUGCGAAUUUUGAUCAAAUUUGGUAAAACUGCUUGCUGUGACAGCGUGGAAGUUUCAAGCGAAACAGUGGGCAUAAGAGAAAGCCAAAGAAGAUAGCAAAAGAAGAAUCAAGUGAAAAAGAAAUCGUACGAUCGCCACAUAAACACUUUUGUAUUUGAAUUUAUCUCUUGUUGCAUUCAAACUGCUUGCCUCAUAGCUGUGGGCGAAAGAGUAAAAAACAGUAAACGCCAAGGCAGUGUUCUGUCUCCAUACGUUUUGUUUAUUCUGUUGACUGUUUUUGCGGGUGUGUUUUUUGCAUCGUUUCCCACCCACUUCCGGUACGUGAAUCUCGGAAAUCCAUUCUACGUGAAUGCCUUCUAGUCAAGGUUACCGUAAGGUAGCAUCCGAGCCGGUCGACCCGGAGGCAGAGAUCAUACGGAACACCUCGUUAAGCAACACAACAAUGCCCGGCAGUCAGCAGCAAAAGGCGGCAAUGGCGGAACCACAGACAGUCGUAACCGGCAAUCCGGCUGGGAAAAUUCCGGCCACCAAUUCGCAACAGCGACUAAUGCCUGCCGAUUCAGACAGCGUAUCGUCCUCGUUGGAUGAAGCCGAGCUGGAAGUGCCGCCUGGUGGCGGUGACGGAGAUGGUGGCGGUGGCGAACAUCGACAUCUGCCGUAUCAUCACCACCUUGAUGACGGAUCGGUGACAGCCAGCAGUACCAGCACCGAACGGGUUCCCCUGACGGCGUGGUUCACCGUGAUAGUGCUGUGUUUUGUUAAUCUCAUCAACUAUAUGGAUCGGUUUACGAUUGCAGGCGUGCUAAAAGACAUCCAAGACCAGUUCCAGAUUGGCGACGAUGAGGGCGGUCUGCUGCAGACGGCAUUCGUCAUAUUCUACAUGCUGUUCGCGCCGUUAUUCGGCUACCUGGGCGACCGGUACUCGCGCAAGUGGAUAAUGGCACUGGGGGUGCUUCUGUGGAGUACGACGACCCUGCUCGGUUCGUUCAUGACCAGCUACGGAUGGUUCAUCACGUUUCGGGCCAUGGUCGGUAUCGGCGAGGCAUCGUACAGUACGAUAGCGCCGACGAUUAUCUCCGAUCUGUUCGUCGGAGAUAUGCGAUCGGCAAUGUUGGCCCUGUUCUAUUUUGCCAUUCCAGUGGGCUCCGGAUUGGGGUAUAUCGUUGGCUCUGAAACGGCCAAAUUCUUCGGUUCUUGGGCUUAUGCCCUCCGUGUCACUCCCCUGUUGGGAUUGAUUGCCGUUGUUCUAAUCGGACUCAUUCGGGAUCCAGAGCGAGGGCAAAGCGAAGGAUCUCAUCACAUGCAAGCGACAUCUUAUAGAGAAGACAUCAAAGACAUCGUGAGAAACCCCUCGUUCAUGCUCUCCACAGCAGGAUUUACGUGCGUUGCUUUCGUCGCCGGAGCGCUGGCCUGGUGGGGGCCAAAGUUCAUCUACCUAGGAUUGGUUUCCCAGCCGGGCAAUGAGAACAUCACGCUCAAUGACGUUUCCUAUAACUUCGGUAUAAUAGCAAUGUUAGCGGGUCUGAUUGGUGUUCCAGCGGGAUCCUACAUAGCAAAUAGGCUUCGUCCACGGUAUCCUUCAUGUGACCCGAUGAUCUGCGCGACCGGAUUGUUCUGCAGCUCACCUCUCAUCUAUCUUGCCUUGGUUUUGGCCAAAUACAGUAGAGCUUGGUGCUUCUUUCUGGUUUACUUCGCACAAGUUUCACUGAAUCUGACCUGGUCGAUUGUGGCCGAUAUGCUGCUGUACGUUGUCGUGCCCACACGCCGCUCCACCGCAGAAGCCUUCCAAAUUUUGAUUUCCCAUGCCUUCGGUGAUGCCGGCAGUCCAUACUUUGUUGGAUUGAUUUCAGAGGCCAUCAAACGGUUACUACGGCUGUCGGCCGUCGGCGUUGCUGCCGUUUUCCCGCCGGAUCUAACAAGCUACUCGCAACUAGCGGAAAAUGUUACGAUGACGUCAACCAGUACAACGACCACCACUACCAUCAGCCCUCUUCCACACUUAGGCGAUGAAGACUCGGCCUCCAUCCAGUUCCGUGCUCUGCAGUACGCCCUAUUUUCGACUAGUUUCGUGGAAAUAAUUGGCGGUGUAAUGUUCCUUAUGACGGCGAUGUACAUUUUGCAAGAUCGAAGGAACGUCGAACGAGCCGUGGCAGAUUGCGAACUGGAACUCAGCGAAAGCUCAUCCGGUUCGGAAACACUAGAGCCACGGUCGAAUCAGUCGACAUCGGUGCAUCAUAGUAGCCGACCGCAGCACAAUGGCCAUCAUCGGGACCAUCAUUAUCAUCAUCAACGUCAACACUCGGGGGCAAUUCGUCCAUCCUCACCCUAACAGCAACCGCCGAUUGAGAUAAUUUAAUUGGUAGUGUCAUUUGGAUCCUGAAACUGGAAGAUAAAUCUUCCGCUCACGCUGGUCACAGGGUCCAAUGGCAUCAACCAGAAUCAAACCAAAGUCAAGCAUUGUUCCAUUAUAGUCAUUUAGAAAGUCAAGCUGCCAGUUCGUCCGCAGCCCGUUUGGAUAGCUCGACAUCCAAUUCCUCCAUUUCCGAUUAGUGAUAGCCGUGGUCGGGUUAGGAAAAAAAACAAUAUCACACGCAAAUAUGGAACAACACUAAGUUCCGGUGGGGUUGUUCGCGACAACCCCAGCUUCCCCCUCUACAUUUCGACCAUUCAUGACAUCAGUGAAGGUGCCACGAUCUGAGCCAAAUGCGCCCAUUGCAAAGCGCAAUGACGUAUUCUCAAAUCCCGCAUCGGGUGGCAUGCACUAUCCAUGUAACAUGGACGUGAGGUGAUUUGACAAAUCUAUCCCAACACAGUUUUAGAGUGUUUGAGACCGCAAUAUCCUACAUCACACCCGCAGCCAUCGACCGUAUCUGUAAAUAAGUAAAAUCCACUAACGGUACGCACCCAGACUGAGUCCAUAAGUCUAUUUAAAACUCAUUUUACCAUUACCAGGGAAGUAGUGCAUAGAAUCAUAGAAACAUAACAUGGGUUUAUGUUGAGUUGGAAAACAUAGGAAAAAACACUCAUUAAGGACUGAUACUAAUUUUAGUGUAAAUUUAGAAACAAUUUGAUAACUGAACAAAAGGUUAUUACCAUGAAGAUUUCCUCUUCCUGUAAAUUUUUUGCGUCUAGUUUUGGCGUUUAAGUGAGUUUUAGCAGCGGCAGUAUGAUGGGUGGCAAGGGAUGAAAUUAGAAAGCGAGAAAGUGUCCUUUGAAUGAGUGUUUUAUAUUAUGCAAAUAGCCAAGCUCAAGCCGAUACCGAUUCUCAUUCGUCCGAAAGUUGUCCCCUUUCUUGAGGAAUAGAAAUAGGAGUUAUAGACUGCAAUGUUUUUUUUUCUUUUGGCUUUAGAAAGCAUCGGCAGGAGCACAUAUAUUGUAUGAAAGAAAAGUUUUGUUUACUAUAUUUUGGAUAAUAUAUUCCAUCAUAUGAAUUUGUUGGAAUCGAUUGAAGAUUUUCGAUCGUUUACAUAGUUUCAAUCAUAGAUUAUUAUAAAUUUAAAUAUUUAUUGGUUAUUUAGGAACAAACAAAUGUGGAUAGCAGUAAGAGGUAUUAAUUUUGCUGUAUAAAGAUUGCAGAUAAGAAAAUAUCACAAAGAUGAAUAAAUAAAAACUACAUAUAAACUUUUAUAACAAAAGUCA